GCAUCGGGUUGCCCGAGGCGCCUGACCAAGCUGGACCGCCGGUACCGGGAAGAAGUGAGUCGAACUCCAACGUUUUCAGCAUGAACAUGAAUCGAGUCGCAAUCAAGUACGAAUAAUAGAUCAAAACAGAGGAAAGUGAGGAUUAUCGACAGAGAGGCAUGCCCAGGCUAGGAAGGGGCACGGAGGUGAGAAUCCCAACCUCAGCCAGAUGGAAGAUUGAAAAAGGAGUUCGUCGGGAUUUGACCAGCAUCGAAGCAUGUGGUGAUGACCUAUAUCAGUGGGCAUCUCUUUCGCACAACGAGAGAAAUCAGAAUCAAAACUAUCCCGGACAUCGUCUUCUCCAUAUGUGGAAGUUCCACAGAGCUUCAGCCACAUACUCCAGCAGUUGCGCACAGGCCUCCAGCGGGAGAGCCGUCGCGCCCGAAAUCUGGGGCCGACUUCAAGACGGAAGCCAUCUCAAAUGGGAAUUGGCAACAUCACAGACAGGGACGUAGUCGAACUGGAUAGACGUCGGCGAUCUGCACGCAGAGAUGGGCUGGUGGUACUCCAUGCCCAAAAUUUGGACUCUUCGGGCGAGCCAUGGCCCAAGUGAUGAGGGGCGUGACUGCGCCGCCGCGGUCAAGUCCACGCAGGUAUUUGGCAGAGUGUUGCACCACCCAGCAUCCGAAACACCAGGCGAUCCAGUUGACAAGUGCGACAGUCACAAGGAUCGAUGCCUGACCUUGACUUUGUAGGCAUUAGCCACGCACCGGCAAUUGACGAUCAUCCUGUGGCAGCACCGGGACUGGCAUUCGGUCCGUGGCCCGCUGCACAAGACCCCUUCACACAGCGCCGUCAUUCCCCGGGCCUUGCUCUGGAAUCAUCACUGGCACUGUCUGCUGAUGGAUAUUGCAGUGGUGCGACAAGGGCACGUUGAUUGAUCGAUCGAUUGACUUCUAUAACCCCCCGCUCCGACUUGUCUCUGUUGAUCUCAUUCCUCUCUGAUUGCGCACACAGGAUCAUUUACUGCUCCCUUCAUGAUCCUACAUCACUAUCUACCGAUAUCAACAGACAAUGCCUUCCAGCGACGAUUAUCCCCCGCGGUCCCGGCGUGAUCGUCCCCGCUACGAGGACGACGACGGUCUAAAAUACCCAGGUCAACCCUACGCAGCGGACUCUCGAAGAUCGGCUCCUCCUGUCUCCCGCCACCAUGCUCGCUACGACGAUUCCCCUGUACGAGGGGCAUAUGGUUCGGACGAACCCCGCCGGUUCAAGAAAGAUAGAGGAGACAUCGACCCACGAGACGUUGAACCCAAGACAAAGACAGCAGCCUAUAGGAAAGAGAAAGACAGCGAUUCUCCUCGCCGCAGAGAGUAUCCAACGACAGAAAGGAAAUCAAACACUGGAAUCCCAAGAAGAAGGAGAAGCUUUGAAGAUGACGACGAUGAAGACGUCGACCCUGCGCCUCGUCAUCGCCGAGAUGGCGGUGUGGCUGCUUAUGGCCGCUCCAAGGGAUACCGCGAGCCUUUGCCCGAACCUGAGGCGAUCAUGAGCGACCGCGAUCGAGACGCAAGGGGCGGUGGCGGUGGUAGGCACAGAUCCAAAGCUGCCGCUGACUAUGACGACGAUGACUUCGAGCCACAGCCACCACGACGGGCCAAAACAUACCGCGACCCUGAUUAUCGCAGUCGGCGGCGGGGAGAGGAUGAUGAUGAUUAUGACGACUAUCCAAAGCCCCAUCGGCGGUACCGCAGCCCAGAAGAUAGAGACAGACAUUACUCGGACCGCGACCGGGACCGAGGAUACCGAUCCGACGGGCGUGAUGCCAGACAUAGUCGGCGAAGGGACGACGACCGUUAUUACGAUGACCGCAAACACCGUGGAGGCGGGGACGGCUAUGCCUCAGACAGAGGAUACAGGCGGUCUGAUCGCGAUCGAGACCGUGACCGAGAUCGAGAUCGAGACUAUCGCGACCGCGACCGCGACCGUCGGUACUACGAUUCGAGAGACAGAGACCGACACCGCGAUCGAAGUCACGAGCGCAAAAAGAAGAAAGGCUUCUCCAUUGACGACCUUGGGAAGGUCUACGAGCAGGGCCAGAAGCAUUACAAGACUGUGGCUCCGCUUGUUAGCAGCCUGGCAAAGAUGUACCUGGACAACAAGAAGUAAAUCCAUCCGAGCGGGUCUCAGCUAUUUCUCUCCUCUCGGUGUUGAGGGCGUGAUUGGAUAUGAUGGACAUUGGCUUGAAAGGCCUGAAGUCGCCAAAGAAGGACGGGGUUGGAAACUCAUUUUCCACCACUCAACCAGACUCUCAAUACUCAAUCAACCUUUGGAAUAAUAAACGCGAAUCAUAAUCCGCCACUACUAAUUCUGUUUUUGAUCUUUUCUUGUGUUCAGGAUCCCCAAUGAUCCCUUCCAUGUCAUCUCCUCUCCUUUCCGUACAAUGUCACGUCACAGUCAUUGUCAAUCAUGCGGCCACGGUCUCAAAGCCAGUAAAGUGAGGCAAAACGGCACGAAUCUCCUUGACAUAUUCGGGAAUCCCGCCAGCGUAGUUGACCUGCUCAAAGGCCUUUCCGGGGACACUGCCGCCCAUAUAAGUGGAGCGGGUAGUAGGCAACAAAG